AUGGACAACAAAUGUAAUAUUGAGGAGGAGUUGCAAUAUGGUGCAAAAAUUAUAUCCGAAUUGAAUGCUUGCAAUAAAACAUUGCGAGAUAAUCAAUUAAAACAAAAUAAGAAAUGGGAUCGGGAAAGAAAACAGUGGGAUCGGGAGAGAAAUAAGUGGGAUCAGAAACUAGAUAUCUCUCUUGCGGAAUCCAAGGCUAAGUAUGCUACAAAAUUAGAGGAGAUUAAAUCGCUUCGGAAUGAAAUGAAAUUAUUGAAGGGUAAGUUAGAUUUAUCCCAGAAGGACUCAUCAAAUAAAGGGUCUGAAAUCGAGUCUCUCAAGUCUGAGAUAGUUGAAUUAGCCUUGAAAAUUAGUGAGUUGGAGCGUCUGAAAUCUGAGGGUAUAUCGGGAUCUAUAAUUGGAGGAGAUGUCGAGGCCGUACAACAGGGGCAGAGCCCCAUUGUUUUCACAAUAAAAAAUACGCAGAGCGAGGAGCUUGAUGCUCCAACAGUUAACUCAGUGGUAUCACCGCAGACCGAGAAUGUUCCUGAGUUUAGUCUUCGUCCUUUUCUGGUCGUACGGCCAAAAAAAACAAGUUCAGAAUUAAUAGAAAGUAGUACAACUACACAACCAGAUAAAUCGUCUACUUCUUCAUCCCCAACCACACAGAGCCGUACGGCGACGGUACCGCUGCCAAAUAGUACACGUAAAAAUUCUACUUGCUCCACAGUAACGGAAAAAAAUAGCGAGAAAAAGAGUUCUAUAGAUAGCUCGGCCGUACGGCUACAGAAUAUAAAGGAGAUAGAAUCUGACUCACGUACGUCCAUUGGAGGGAUAGAAACAAUCCCGAUCGCUGCGAGUUAUUUAGGUUUGCUGUUUACUUUUCUUAUUCUGUUACUUAUCGCGAUUAUAUUGUUUACCGUUCUGAAGCCUACGUGGGCUGUACGGCUGGAAAACCGAAACAAUAGAAAUCUAGGCACUUUGCAUCCUCCGGCCAAAGAAAAUAUACAUUCACAGAAAAAAACUGCUUAUCAUGAUUGGAAUUCCAAUGUAGUGAUACCACCGAAUCAUCGUCAAACGCCAAUGUAA